CCUCUCCUCGUACGAAACUUCCUCCACAAACGGCAGCCACAAGCUGCACAUACAGCUUAUCUACGAAAUUUGCUGCAUGUAGCCGAGUAUUGUUGCGAGCUUUCAGAGAGAGUCCUGGGCGUUAUCGUGGAUCAGGCUUUGAUGAUCGAUGUGAGUGUGCUCUUUUCUCCGGACGGUUUA